UUUGGCCCCGCCCCAGCCGGUCACCUGCUCCACUUCCGGUCCAGCCGUGUGUCCGGAGUUCGCGUUCAUGGAGCUCGGAGACCUGCUGCGCUUCUCCCACUGCGGGCGGACCGCGUUGACGGCGGCCGACGCGGCUCCGGCGGGCCGGCGGUGCCCCGAGUGCGGCCGGGCGCCGAGCUUCUCCCUGGCGGAGGCUCCGGUGCGCCUCCGCUCGCCCAUCGCGGACGGGCACCGCACCAGCUGCUGCUUCCUGGUCACGUCGCGGGACGGCGCCGACGGCCUCAGUGAAGAAAAAGAUUGUGAGCUUCAUGUUGGCAUCUCCAAUUCUGAAGGCGUGGUGUUGAGUUAUACGGAGUCGGGCGUUCAGCGCCAGCAGCACGGCUGGCAACAGAGCAUCGUCAUCCCGCUGGUCGCCCCCGGCGACCGCAUCCCACACUGGGACGAGCAGCUGGACCGCUUCGCCGCUACGGACGCGUGGACGCCACACAGGUUCGAGGAGCAGAGGGAGUUUGGCUCCUGUUGCUACGGUUUCGCUCUGGGGUUCAUCAACCAGAUGCUGAUGUCACAGGGCAAGCAGCCAAUCAGCAGGGAGCGUUUCACCUCCGACCUGGUGCUCCCCAGGGUGCGGGCCGCCUCCGAGUAUUUGGCGCUCUUCCGGCACGUCCGUCGCCACGGAUACUGGACCGCUUGAUUCCGCCGCGACGCUCGCGUCUCCUGGGCUCCCUGAACUCGGCAAGCCGCGAGGGUGUUUCCAUGGCGACGCAAAACACACCUGAGUGGAAAUUUGACAUUUGACACGAGAUGGGAAACGCACCUGAAUUGGCAUCACACACACACACACACACACACACUGAUUCCUAAAAUGACUGCUGUCCUUUGAAGAUGUACAUCGGUUGUGCGUGAUUAAAAAGGGCUCAGCUGA